AUGGUUCACAAAGUCCUCUUCUGGGGUGGUUUCGGCAUCGCCGUCCGCCUCUGGCAACUCGGCAUCGAAAUGCGGCCCAUCCUCGCCCGCGAAUCCCUCUGGGUCUACCCGCUCUUCGCCGGCGUCGGCGGCAGCUUCGGCUACUGGCUGCAGGGCGUCGAGGAGCGCCAGCUCCGCAUACUCGCCCAGCGCCGCGAGCAGAUCCUCGAGAAGCGCCGGCGGAGGGAUGAUCGCGAGAACGCCACGUUGAACCGGGUCGAGGAGAGUGUUUUGGCCGCUGCUGCUUGA